UUCGUUUCAGAAGAUUCUCGAGAUUCGCACUGGACUGUACUGGAGUGCGAUGAGAAGAUCUUGUGUUUAAGGAGAGAUGCGGGUUGUUGUAAGCCAGUCAGAAUAAGUGUCCAAGGAUUCUACUUGUUAGCGACGAAGGAGUUAGAAUUCUUAAAUAAGGAUUGCCGUCGGCAGAGAUAAAAUUGUUGGGGCUUGCUGACACCGUUCUGAAAAGGAGGAUUUAACGUCAACGUCGCGACGGAGAAGGUCGUGACGAUCGUGGUGAAGAAAGAAAGAGGAGCAACACUCGGCGACACUCGGGCUCGGGUCGAGACGCAAGGUGGUGCGUGACGUUUACGUCGCGCGGUGACACGCGUUUUAACGAGCGGAGCGCCGAGCAAGUUGGAGUCGUUGGAGAGGGCGAGCAGGAAGGACGGACGGAUACGUGCGCGCGCGCGAGUACUCGACGCACACAUCGCAUUCAGGAGUGUGUUUAUUGCCUGGUAAUAAUCACACGAAAAAUUGAGCGUGCUUCCUGCACCAGGAGGUUGUGUUGCGGCUGCUCUCCGGUUGACUGUUGUCGUCGAGGCGGAACUCACGAUCGCAGGAGCCGGAGCUCCGCUCUGCUCCGAAAACACGUAUUUCUCUCUUUUUCCUUUCUCUCUUUUUCUCUGUCUCUCCUUCCUUCUUCAUAGUGAACGCGCGCUCGACUCAUCAUCCAAGGCAUUUCAAAGAACGACGCAUCGUCGAUCAUCGUUAUAGCGGAAGAGAAACGAGAAAAUGGCCGACAAUUGGACGCAGAAUAUCGCUUGCCGAUACUUCAAGAAUGGCACUUGCCGCGAGGGGAACAACUGCCGGUAUCGACAUGUACAAGGGAAUAGAAAUGAUGCAAGUAUCAACGAGGCAUCAACCCAUAGCUCUGCUUAUAUUGUCACUUGUCGCUUCUUCAAACAGGGAAUGUGUAAGUUCGGUAGUCAGUGCCGUUUCCGCCACAAUUCAGGUAUCACAGAUAGCAACACCAUGCAGAUAGAUGCAACAGAGAAUGCAGCCUUGAGUCAGCAUACAUCAAACUCAUCGAGAAAUAAAAAAGUUGAAAAACGUACUGCUGAAGAAUGGGUCAAGGCACCUGAGUUUAUACCUACGACUGGAUCUCCGAUCGCCGGAUCAUCCUCUAUAGAUGGAAUGUCAUCUACUUCAGGAACAUCCCCAAGUACGUCGAUGCCAGUCUCGUAUGCUCAAGCUGUUAAUCCAACUGGUCAAGCUUCGAGCCCUUCCUUAGAACCUCUGUGUCCUUAUGCAGAAGCAACUGGAAUCUGUAGAAAUUCAAAUUGCACAUAUCUACACGGUGACAUUUGCGAAUUUUGUAGCCGUGCAGUCCUUCAUCCACACAAUGAAGAAUUGAGGAAGAAACAUAACAAUGCAUGCGUGAAGCAACAUGAAGCAGAUAUGGAAUUAUCCUUUGCCAUUCAACGCAGCAAAGAAAAAUCUUGCGGCGUCUGUUUCGAGACAAUAAUGGAAAAGUCCUCGCGAGAACAGAGAUUUGGUAUAUUGCCGAAUUGCAAUCACUGCUUCUGCCUAACUUGCAUCAGAAAGUGGCGCCAAGCCAAACAGUUCGACAACAAAAUCAUAAGAGCAUGCCCAGAAUGUCGUAUCCCCUCAGAUUUCGUCUGUCCUAGUAUGUAUUGGGUGGACACAAAGGAGGAGAAGGAAAAGUUAAUAAGAGAUUACAAAGGCGCCUUGAGUACUAAGGAUUGCAAAUACUUCAACAAAGGUCGUGGAAAGUGUCCGUUCGGUAAUAAAUGUUUCUAUCUCCAUGCACUUCCGGAUGGAACUAAGAAAGACGUGGGUCCACCGGUUCGACAGAGGCGCAACACCACUGACACCGAUAUCGACAUUUUACACGAAGUGACCAGCUUUUACAACAGAGAACCGUCGGUACUGCCUUUCAAAAGCUAUGUGAUUAUAGAGUAAUAUAUCAUUCAUUGCGCUAUUAUAAGGUCAGUUUCUUAAUCCGCCUCGAUAAAGCGUUUUAUCGGCUCGAACUUUCGCUAUGCCAUGAGAAUAUCGUUUAUAUAUUUCCCAUAGAAUUUCUAUAUUGUUAAUUUUAUCGACAAUUGUUAGAAUAAAACGCUUUAUAUUGUUACCGGUAAUGUAUAAUAGAAACUUUCUAUGAUACGCUGUGCGUUUCAAGCGGCUAUUUUUCGAGCUACUUUCUUUAACAAUUACAAAUUUCCCGAUGAGGGAAACAAAAAUAAAACGCUUAAGCGAUAUUGGAUUGUAAGAUAGCGGAAUGUACGAUCGGUGAGUCGAUUGAGAAUUUUUAAGUCGGUAAUAAUUUUGUGAAUGAUAAUGAAUUUACGAUGGAAAAACGUCUUUAAUGUUAGCACGUUUAGUACCAGUAUACAUAUCGCCGUUGUAGGAGGAAAGUUAAUUGCGUUGAUCGUUGCACGUAUUUGUCGUCACUACCAUUUUUAUUUAUCUUGAGUUAAGCGCGAUGCGUUUACUGCAUUAUUAUGCUCUAAAUGCAUGAAACGCGAAAGGAUAUAAAAUUAGCAGUUGAUAUCUAUCAAGUCGUUUAACGACAUUCAGCGCAAUUUGCCUUGAUUUUGGCGAUGCAUUUUCGGAGUUAACUUUGGAGUUCACUCGCGUACAUAAUACAUAGUACAUAGUGAUUCUAAAAUCGAGGUUCCACUGUGUGAUUUUUUGUUUUGUCAACGCAAAGAGAGUAAGGGAUGGCCGAUUUACUGAUUCAUUCAUUAUUAUUCGAACGAAAUAGCGAACGUUAGAACGAUAUUCUUAAUAACUUCAAUCCUAUUCUCAGGAUGGUUUCAUUAAACUAGUUUAGAAAUUAUAUAGAAUUUAUGGAACAACCGCGUGCGUUAUGUCUCUGCGUGCAGAAUUCAAUCGCCAAGAUUCUACCGCAAGUGUGCAUUAAUGUGAAUUAAUUGUACUAAACGUACCUGCAUUGAAUACUUUAUUGCGUAGUGACAAGUAUUCUUUUUCCCUUUAACAACUUAAAUACGCCUUACAGAUUGUUACGUAAUUCAUUCAUAUAAGUUGAGAUCAAGCGUCUCUAAUAAUCUUUCUAUUUUUUUUUCUUUCGGCUCUUACGGAGUGCGAUUCUUUAGAAAUAACGUUGUGCCGAUUGUACCAUUUUAUUUUUCAGCGUAUUAUUUAUUUUUAUUCAGCGUGUUAAACGUGUAUUUUAUCGUGUGUGCCGGAAACGCUCAAAGAGUCUUGCGAGUUAAGAAAGAAGAGUUACACUUAAAUCUUUUCUUUUUUAAGGGAGGUAAUUUGUUGAUAUCACACUAAAUUUCUAUACGUAAUUAAACCUUAUAUUUUUGUAACUUGUCGCGUCGAACUACGUUAUGUAAUAAAGGCUCUAUAAAGCGGAUAUAAUAAGAUAUACGAUUAAAAAUCUUAUAUUUGUUAGAUAGCGCACCACCAUGAAAAGGUAAAAUCGACGUUGAAAACAUUGUUGUGCCACAGCUUGUUUCUUACGUCUUUAAUAGAUCUUAGAUUAUUGUGAAUGUUUUUUUAGCCAAUAAAUAAUACGUAGAUGAAGCAAACUGUGUUUUCACUGCAUAAUGCGAAAACAAAUUGCGAACAUUCGCAUUAUCUUAUACCAUCCUUUUUACAUGUAAAAAA